UUUUUCCAACAAACAUUAAUUAAUAGCUAUAUAUUUCUGAUAUAAACCCAUCAUCUAGGAAUGGUAUUGGUUAUAGUAUAGGCUACCUCCAAAAAUAUGAAAUAUCUCCAAGGCUGAAGGCUCAAGCUUGAUUCAUUUCACCACUAGCAAAGGUGGAGUUUGGUUUUGUUUGAGAAUGGAGAAUCAAGCAAAAAAGGUGCUUCUCACUUCCAAUGGAGAUGACAUGUCAAUGAACAUUGCUUUGCAUUUAGCCAAACGUGGUUGCAGGUUGGUUAUGAUGGGAAAUGAAUGGUGCCUGAGGAGUGUGAGAGAGAAGAUAAUGGGUUCAAUAAAUGAUAAUAUAGUCCCAAUAGAAGUGGUUGGAUUGGAUAUGGAGGAGGAAAGAGAAGGCAUUUUUGAUGAGGCUGUAGAUAAAGCUUGGAAAGUGUUCGGAUCCAUUGAUGCAUUUGUGAAUUGUUAUGCUUACGAAGGAAAGAUGCAAGACCAUUUGCAAUUAGGUGAAGAAGAGUUUAGAAAAAUUAUAAAAAUAAACUUCAUGGCUGUAUGGUUUCUACUAAAAGCUGUUGGUAAGAGAAUGCGAGACCAUAAAUCAGGGGGUUCCAUUGUGCUCAUGACCACAUUCCUCGGAGCCGAAAGAGGACUUUAUCAAGGAGCUGCUGCUUAUGGUUCAUCCUUGGCUGCAGUCCAGCAGUUGGUCAGAUUAUCGGCUAUGGAGAUUGGGAAAUACAAGGUUAGGGUUAAUGCAAUAGCUCGUGGUUUACACAUAGAUGAUGAAUUUCCAGAGUCAGUUGGGAAGGAAAUAGCAGAGAAGUUGGUGGAAAGAGCAGCACCCUUGCAGAGAUGGUUGGAUGUUAAAAGGGAUGUAGCUUCAACUGUUAUCUAUUUAAUCAGUGAUGGUUCAAGAUAUAUGACUGGAACAACUAUAUUUGUUGAUGGGGCACAAUCAAUGACUAGGCCUCGAAUGAAAUCAUAUAUGUAGUUGUUUUGCA